GACAUUUUGUUUAUCACCCUCCCUCCUUGUUUUUGUCUUCCUCUUGCUCUUUUGAGUUUAGAUAUCAGUUGACUGUAUGCUCCGAUGGUGUAAUUGACUCUACUUCUGCCUGUGACUUCUACCACGCUGAUCAUGGACCCCAUUCAGCCUUUCUCAGUCCUCAACGAGAGGCUGAGACCUUCAUUCUCCACCAAUGAACAGCUGUACUCCUCUCUGAACAGACUGGAGGACAGUCAGUUGGGCUCGCUCAGGAACAAAUCCCUAUCUUACCGACCUACAGUUCUGACAACCAAACGAGAAGUCGCCUUGACCAUGACAGAACCAGAAGACCCAAAGGAACCUGAAGACAACUCAGAGCAGGAAGAUCCGGUCUCUGAUGAAGGAACUUUUGCAGAUUUGUUGAAAAACUCAUUCCUCAUCAACGAGUUAAAUUUAACAGAUUUUGGAGAAGAGGAGCUGGUUGACGAGGACACAGGCGUCUCCUCGUCUGAAGAGAAAGACAAUCCAGGUGAGCUGAUCUCAGAGGAGACAGAGGACUCCUCAGAGUCAGUAGCCUUGGACGGUAAAGGUGGGAGCUCCUUUCAGAGGAGCUACAUAAACAGGACUUUACCAGACCUGAUCAACAGUGGCAGGCCGCUCAGCAGACGUCGGACACUGGGACAUGUCUCAGACACGCUUAAAGAAGUGCGAAGAGAGGUGGAGCUGUCUCGGAGACGAAGUAUCAAGCUUAAGGCGCAGGUGGACAAAUUACAGGAGAGCAGGGAAGGUCCGGGAUGGAGCAAACACAGAGAGAGGGUCACGGAGGAGGUUCAGUCAAUUCUGAGGCUGCUGCGCCCGCUGACAGAGCCAGAGUCCAACCCGCCUGAACCCUCUCCUAGGGAGAACCGCCUAGACGCUUCCCUGGCCCAGCUGCAGAAUGUGGCCUGCAAACUGGCAACCAGCCAACAGUCCAAAUCUGGGAAAGGAAAAGGAGCCGAGAACAGCGCUAUUCUGCAGCAGGCACUACGAGACAGAGAUGAUGCCAUAGAGAAGAAGAAGGCGAUGGAGGCCGAGCUGCUGCGGAGCAAAACGGAGAUGAUGAUGCUGAACAACCAGCUGCUGGAGGCCGUACAGAAGCGUCUGGAGCUGUCGCUGGAGCUCGAAACCUGGAAGGAGGACGUCCAGCUGAUGCUCCACCAGCAGCUGCUGAGUCAGCAGCAGGCAGAGGCCCAGAAGAAGCCCUCCGGCCUGGGCCUCCUGAGGAGAAACAACAAACCGCCCAUCCAGCGUCCAACCAACUUCCCUUUGUCUACGCCUGUCCCUCCCACAACCAACUCCAAACAAAUCUUCAUCCCCAGAUCUGCGGAUUCCGCUGGUCCGACUCCCAGCACGCCUCCUUCCACCCCACGCAACUGGCUGGACAAGUUUAGGAGGCCAAGGAGCAGUCGUCAAGGAGACCGGGAUGCAGUGGGGCAGGAGUCAGAGGGCGACAAAGGCUUCCAGGUCGUAUCACUCGAUUGAAGCAGUGAUAACGAUCAUGUCUAACAAUAUAAAGUCAAAAAUGUUUUGCUUAUAGUCACUUUGUUUGAAAACAUGCGUUGGAUCUUUGACUAGUCAUUUAUGUAUAAAAUAUAAAUAUGAGCCAUAUAUUUGUUCAACACUUGAAUACCUUCCACUUCAUAUCUUGAAUAUUGUUGUCAUGUUGUAAAUAAAUGAAAUUCUUAAGCAAAAGCUCCUUCAAACCUCUUGCUAAGUCUGACUGCAGUAUAUUCGUCACUACAUCACUUUAAAUCUUUAUUGUAUUCACUUUUGCUUGUUGCAUUUUCAAGAUUAAAAGAAAACAAGAUUAAA